AUGAGAAACUCGAGAUGGUGCUUCGUUAGUGGCUCAAGUCCGCCGUUUAGACCAAAAGGCAUUAAAUUGUUCAUCCCCACCACGCACUUGCACGGAUUUUGGUCCUUCUCGCCUCUAGUUCCUCCGGGAGGAGUGAAAGGAACAUUAGGUCCUGUCGAGGUUCAUAUGUUGCCUGCCUUGUUUGACUGA